CCGCUGGGCGGCGGCAUGAAGGUCACAUCGCUCGACGGGCGCCAACUGCGCAAGAUGCUUCGCAAGGAGGCGGCGGCGCGCUGUGUGGUGCUCGACUGCCGGCCCUACCUGGCCUUCGCCGCCUCGAGCGUGCGCGGCUCGCUGAACGUCAACCUCAACUCGGUGGUGUUGCGGCGGGCCCGCGGCGGCGCGGUGUCUGCGCGCUACGUGCUGCCCGACGAGGCUGCGCGCGCGCGGCUGCUGCAGGAGGGCGGCGGCGGCGUGGCGGCCGUGGUCGUGCUGGACCAGGGCAGCCGGCACUGGCAGAAGCUGCGCGAAGAGAGCGCCGCGCGCGUCGUGCUCACCUCGCUGCUCGCCUGCCUGCCCGCCGGCCCGCGGGUCUACUUCCUCAAAGGGGGAUAUGAGACUUUCUACUCAGAAUAUCCUGAGUGUUGUGUGGAUGUAAAACCCAUUUCACAAGAGAAGGUGGAAACUGAGAGAGCCCUCAUCAGUCAGUGUGGGAAAUCAGUGCUUAACAUCAGCUGCAGGCCGGCCUAUGACCAGGGCGGCCCAGUUGAAAUCCUUCCGUUCCUUUACCUUGGAAGUGCCUACCACGCAUCCAAGUGCGAGUUCCUUGCCAACCUGCACAUCACAGCCCUGCUCAAUGUCUCCCGGCGGACCCCGGAGGCCUGCACAACACACCUACACUACAAAUGGAUCCCCGUGGAAGACAGCCAUGCGGCUGACAUCAGCUCCCACUUUCAAGAAGCAAUAGACUUCAUUGACUGUGUCAGGGAAAAGGGAGGCAAGGUCCUGGUUCACUGUGAGGCUGGGAUCUCCCGCUCGCCCACCAUCUGCAUGGCUUACCUCAUGAAGACCAAGCAGUUCCACCUGAAGGAUGCCUUUGAUUACAUCAAGCAGAGGAGGAGUGUGGUCUCGCCCAACUUCGGCUUCAUGGGCCAGCUCCUACAGUAUGAGUCUGAGAUCCUGCCUUCCGCGCCCACCCCUCCGGCUCCCUCCUGCCAAGGAGAGGCAGCCGGCCCUUCAUUCCUCGCCCACUUGCAGACACUGAGCCCUGACGUGCAGGCUUCAUACUGCACGUUCCCUACCUCGGUGCUGGCCCCGGUGCCCACCCACUCGACAGCCUCAGAGCUCAGCCGGAGCCCCCUGGCCACAGCCACAUCCUGCUAAACCCGAGCUGGGGGAGCCAGCCCAGCCCCAAGAACAACUGUGAUUUUAUAUUUUGACUCGUGGACAUUUCAUACCUGUGCAAUGCUGAAGACCUCGCCCUGUCCUGCUAUCCUGGUGGGACAGCGAAGGGGUCACCAGGUUUGCAGACAAACUUGAGACUGACCUCGGGACUGAAGGAAGGCCAAGCCAUUAUGAGAGCACAGUGCGUGCUGACUACUGUACUUCCAGACCCCCGCCCUCAGGACUGCCCAGUCUUUGCACCUCAAAAUUUGCCUUUUCAUUUCAAGCAUAAGGCAAUAAAUAACCUGCAGCAACAUGGGAGAAAGCAGUUGCUAGGCCAGGAGAAAAGGCAGUCAUGAAGCCAAUUCAUUUUGAAGGAAGCACAAUUUCCACCUUUUUUUUUUUUUUUUUUUUUUUUAAAUUUUGGCAGUCUCUAUAUCUGUCUCUGUUGCUUCAGGGCAUAAGCUGA